GGAUACACAGGAGAUGUAUUACUCUACUAAACGGCAACAAUUUCUGAUUGAUCAAGGAUAUGCAUUUAAAGUUAUUACCAAACUUGAGGGCAUGGAAAAAGCACCAAGUCUAGUAUAUCGAGGUCAUAAUGAACAAAUGAAAUUGUUAGGAGAAGUAUUAGUUGCUAAUGAUAAUGUGGCCGAUCUUGAUAAUGAUAUAGAAUCUAACGCUGAUGACUUGCCGGGAACUGUUACAAGUCGUAAUUUCAAUUCUCAGGCAAAGGGAAUAGUCCGUCGUUCCGUCAGUAGUAUGAAAAGUUUGUCCGGAGCUGAUCAUAUGGCAUAUUUUGAAGGUACCAGUAAUCAUAAUAGACAUAGUGGUUCGGUACCAAAAAAGAAAGCUGCUCCCAAAGAACAUCAUCAAUUGUUUAAAAGGCAAUG